UUUCGGAGUCUCUCCUUCUCACCUUCUCAAACCAACACACCCAUUUGCACAGACGAGCCCUCCCUCCAACCUUCAACGACGUCUCUCCAAUCCCUUCAUUUUCUCUCUUCCACGGCCAAAAUUGAAGAAAAUUCUUGGGACUUUUUCUUUCGCGGAAUUUUCGAUCUUUUCUAAAGUUUUCAUUUAGAAUUUGAUUGCUGUCUAUUGAUAACUUUCCGGCACCGGCGAUGUCGUCUGGCGGCCUCACUGGCUCCUGCAACACCAGCCCAAGGAUGUCGGGGCCCACCACCACCAGACGACGAGUCGCAGACAAUAUGGACGCUGAGAAACAAACUGCCUUUUCAGAUUUGGGCGAGGUCGAGCAAGACGACACCAACGGCUCUAAUGCUUCUGUUCCUGCUUCUUCGUCUGGGUCCCACCACCAUCAUAACAACCAGCUUCACCCCGUGAUUCGCUUUCUCCUGCUGCGCAUGCGGAUACUCUUCUUCAUUUCCGAUUCCUUCGUCAUUCGCAUUGAGCGCUUUUUCCUCUGGGUUGCCUCGGUGGUUCAGUCGAUGAGAUCCAUAAGGAACAGGGGUCGUAAGAUUCUGGGGAUUUUUAUUUUCAUGGUAGUUAUGCCUCUUAUUGUGAAGGUGUUGUUAAUUGGUGGUCUAAUGGAGGUUAAAGGGAGGAGUAUAGGGCAUGGCCAUUUGAUCUUGCAGAGAUUCAAAGAGGAUUGGGCAUCGGCGCAGAGAGUUCUCACCGAGGCCCGAACGGAGCCCUCCAUGCCCAAGCGAGUUCUUGAGAGGGUGUCUACUCCAGAGAUAUGGAUGAAGCCCAACAGCGACAACUAUUAUAAAUGCAUUUCUCGAUCCAAGAAUAGGACUGACACAGAAACAAAUGGCUUUCUUGUCCUUCAUGCCAAUGGCGGAUUGAAUCAAAUGAGAACAGGAAUUUGCGAUAUGGUUGCAGUGGCAAAGAUUUUGAAUGCCACCCUUGUCCUUCCAUCUCUUGAUCAUAAUUCCUUUUGGACUGAUCCGAGUGGCUUUAAAGAUAUUUUUGACUGGAAGCACUUUAUCCAAGUUUUAAAACCUGACGUUGAGAUAGUUGAGUAUCUGCCAGUCAAGCAUGCAACUAUAAAACCUGUUGUGAAGGCUCCUAUUUCUUGGUCAAAGGCUAGUUACUACAGAGGUGAGAUUCUCCCACUAUUAAAGCGACACAAGGUCAUUCAUUUUACCCACACAGAUUCCCGAAUAGUCAACAAUGGCCUUGCUUCCUCUCUUCAAAAGCUUAGAUGCCGUGCCAACUAUGAAGCCCUUAGGUACGCGCCAGAGAUUGAGGAGCUUGGGAGGACUUUGAUUGAUAGGCUAAAAAUCUACGAUGAACCAUAUAUUGCCCUUCAUUUAAGAUAUGAGAAAGAUAUGCUAUCUUUUACCGGCUGCAGUCACAACCUCACUGCUGAGGAGGAUGAGGAACUUAGAGUAAUGAGGUAUGAAGUUCAGCAUUGGAAGGAAAAAGAUAUUGAUAGUGUUCAACGAAGACUAGAAGGGGGUUGCCCUAUGUCCCCUAGAGAGGCAGCUAUCUUUCUCAAGGCCAUGGGUUACCCUUCCACCACAACGAUCUACAUAGUUGCAGGGCCUAUAUAUGGUCGCAAUAGCUUGUCUGACUUAAGUGCAGAGUAUCCUAAUGUGUUCACUCACUCCACCCUUGCAACUGAAGAAGAGUUAAAACCCUUCAAGCCAUAUCAGAAUCGCCUUGCUGCCUUGGACUACAUUGUGGCCCUGGAGAGUGAUGUCUUCGUUUACACUUACGAUGGAAAUAUGGCCAAGGCAGUGCAAGGCCAUAGGAUGUUUGAAGGAUUCAGGAAAACAAUUAAUCCUGACAGAGUGAAUUUUGUUAGAUUGAUUGAUCAACUUGAUGAGGGUGCCAUGUCUUGGGAAGAAUUUUCUUCCAAGGUUAAAAGUUUGCAUUCCAAUCGGCUUGGUGCACCUUACCUUCGGCAGGCAGGAGACUCACCUAGGAUGGAGGAAAAUUUUUAUGCCAACCCCUUUCCUGGUUGUAUCUGUAACAAGUCUCGGGAAUUCAUCACAAGCCUGAAACUUGACCACAGAGUAAAUCUUGCUGCUGAGUCACAAAGAUAGUAUCUUUGCCGGUAUGACCAUCCCAUACGCCUGUGUUCGUGGUAGAUUAUGAAUUAUGAAUUUAUGAUGUCACUGCCUAAGAGGUAGCUCAUUUGGGUUGUGGUGGGAAACAUGCUUCAUUUCACAGCCUGGUUGAUGAUAACUGCUGUGAAUGACGAUGGAGCUUUUGGGGUUCUCAUGCCACUAAAAGAGAAGCUUUUGUUUAGGCAAGUACCUUGAGAAGGUCAAAAGGGGGCCAAGCAAUGCAGGAGGGAAUAGAAGGUUGUCUAUAUUUAAAGGCCAGUCGAGUUAGUUUAUACUGGGAGAUUGAUUGAGAUUGGACAGAAUAUACGCCAAUUGAUCUGAGAGUUAUACCACUGAUUCAUUCAUUCAUUGAUUCUUUCUUUGAUCAUAAGCUGCCACAUGGAGCAUCAUUUGAUAUUUGAAUGUAACAUUUGAUACCAGUCCAGAGUAGAAGUUUAGCUUCACACGUUUCCACAGAUAUAUUGUUAAUAGUAUAUUCUUUGUUAGAUGGUGAUGCCUGUGUACCAUUA